ACACUAGUCCAGAUAAGCCCCACUUGACACACAUUUACAAAAAAAAAAAAAGGAAGAAAGACAUAUACUUACUCUUUAACUGCUAUAUCAAAAAAUACUCCAAUAUGAUUGCAAAUUCAACUAAUAUAUCGAAUAGGAUGUUCAGAUCGCAAAGAUACAUUAUCUUGAUGAUUUUGAGUUUUUUUUUGUGUUGUUGGUGAUUACAGGAGUUUCCGGCCAUCAUGAAAAGGUGGUUGAACAUAUGAAAAACAUGAAGACUAAAGCUAGUGAUUCAUUAGCGGAAUUCUAUAAUAGCGGUAACAUGUUUAGUAGUGACAAGUCCCAGUACCAAAUGGAAAAGGAAGCUGAAGAGGAAGAAGAGCUUGAAGCGGAGAAAAAACUUGAAGCUGAAGCAUUAGAAGAAUCCGAAAAGGCAGGCUCUGUUGCUGCUCCUGAUGCCGAAUCAAAAGGAACCACAAAGGGUGCUAACCCAGAUAUAAAUAAAGACACAUUACCGGCUGAUCCGGUUAAAUAAGUAGUAAAAGAUGUCAUACAGUAGUUGGUUGGUUUUUUUUUCUUCUUUCUUUAUAGUACAUAGUUAAUUUAUACACCUUUCCAUAUCGCUUUUU